UUAUAAUACAUGUACAUAAGUUACACAAAUAUAUAAUACGCACACAGAGUGUGGCCCCGAAAAAAAAGAGAGAAGCAUACAUACGAAAAAAAAAAAAAGGAAGAAAGAAAGAAGUGCAUGGGAGAGGCGCAGCAAACCGAACCGCGCGCGAAUCAAGUGCUUUGGCCAGUCGCGUUCCCAAUCACUCUACGACUAGGUAGUCCUCCCUGGUGUCCGAAAAGGCUCCUGGUGACUUCUGCCUUGGUACCUUGCACCAGGUACUAUUCUAACAUCGUCCCCCUAACAAGUGAUAAAUCAAUUCUAAUCCAUCGUCGUUUGAUAAAUAUUAAGCUGAGAUAUUUGUGUGAUUAUAACAUUUUUUUUUAAAAAUCGGAAACCGAGGAAUUUUUUCAUUUAGCGAGAGAUGAGAUAAAAAUUUGAUUUCAAUAUUUUUCGAGUUUUUCAUUCUGUUCGGUUAUUUUGUGUGUGACAGCUGGUGUUGUCCCUAGAGUCAGUGGGUGAACAUUGAGACUAGAGUACAUCCUGAAUUGUCAAUAACCAACCAGACAUUGUUAUCAUUAUUUGAUAAUUCGUGCCAAGUGUUUUCAAGGUGCUUCCCCCCCAUUGAUAUUUAAGGAUAUUCGAUCUGCUGGCACGUGAAACUCUCUCAUUGCCAUGGACGCAGAGGGCACGAGUGUAAAAAAUUAUUUUGUAACGAUAAUAUAGAUAAAUCAACGGAAAAAACAAGUGUUCCAAUUUAAUUCACCAGUGAAGAGGAGACAAUUCUUCUGAUUGGUCAUUUUAUCAUCCAAGUAUUUGUCAAAGAGAACGAGUAAGGACAUCGUAGGAGCCCCCUACCCCUCCCUCCACAAGACACAUCACUUUGCGCCUGGAUAUUUCAAGGUGAAUAGACAUAACGAUGGUAGAUACGCAACAUUUUUGUCUGCGAUGGAACAAUUACCAGAGCAGUAUAACGUCUGCAUUCGAAAAUCUACGUGACGAUGAGGACUUUGUGGAUGUUACACUUGCUUGUGAUGGCAAGAGCCUCAAAGCACAUCGGGUUGUACUCUCUGCCUGCAGUCCGUACUUCCGUGAGUUACUCAAGAGCACACCGUGCAAACAUCCGGUGAUAGUACUUCAGGAUGUGGCAUUCAGUGAUUUGCAUGCCUUGGUGGAAUUUAUUUACCACGGUGAAGUUAACGUCCAUCAGAGAUCACUCAGCAGCUUCCUGAAGACUGCCGAGGUCCUGAGGGUGUCUGGUCUCACACAGCAGGCUGACGCGACUGAGAGGGACGAGCUAUCGCAGGUACGUGCGUUAGCUGCACGCACCAAUCACGUAUCGUCCCACGAAAAGUUGUCAGAUGAGGGCUUUCCACGUGGUGGUUCACCACCAACCCCAGCAACACCAACUCCAACAACAGUACAACAAUUAUUACGUCGUGCACAAAUACGUAGAAAUGAAACGCGUUCACCAGAUUUACACGAUGAGAGUAUUAAGAGAUCGCGUUUACCAUCACCACCAUUGAACAAUAAUGAUGCAACACCCACAGACUUUUCAAUGGUAAAAAAUCAUUUUUCGGCGAAAGUCGAGGGUAAUGGUUUGCCAGAUGAGCACAGUCGAAUUGAGGAGAAUAUUAAGUGUGAACCGUUGGAAUUGACUGGUGGUAAUGGUGGUACGGGUGGACAUAAUGAGGACUCUUCGGACUCAGGUGCAGCGGCUUCUGACAGACCACCAGCGUCAGCGAGUAGUAAUGAACAUGAGCAUGAACCUCCAGAACAUCCGUCGACGCCCAAUUUUUUACCGGAGAGUAAACUGUUCACGUCCACUCCUGGAAGCUUUAAUUUCAGUAUGGCGGCAUUAACUACAGAUCACAGUCCAUUAUCAGUGAAAUUUCCAGGGUUGCCUCAUGGACUUCAGACACCAGAUCUAGCAGGGACAUCACAAGGUACGGGCAAUGGGAUGCAUCCACCAACGACGCCUCCCGCUGCCGUGUACCGGAUGCCACCGCCAACUGCGGGCGGUAUAAAUGAACCACAGGAGUGUCCCUACUGUCGUCGUACAUUCUCCUGCUAUUAUUCAUUGAAACGUCACUUUCAGGAUAAACACGAGCAGUCAAAUACAUUAUAUGUGUGUGAAUUUUGUAAUCGUCGGUAUCGUACUAAAAAUUCAUUAACAACUCACAAGAGUCUUCAGCAUCGUGGCUCAAGUGGUGUGCUGAAAAGACUACUGAAAGAAUCAGCUAUAAAAAAUGUAUUAGCACAUCACACGCAGAUACAGCAUCAACCACAAUGAAAAUUGUGGAGUUAUGCACACAAUGGCUAUCCCCAUACGUAUUAUCGUAAUUAUAAUAAUGAUUAUUGUCUUUAGAGGGAUGGAAAAAAAUUAUUAAGAUGGAAUUGCAGAUUUUAAAGACUAUUUCUGCUCCAUCGUCGAGGAAAAAAGUUGAUUUUUUUUCACUUAAUUAGAAAAUACGUGAAACUGCCAAAUUCUACGUGGUAUUGACUUUGGCACAGAAUCACGUACUAAACUAUUCGCAUACUAAACUGAACAACGUCAAAGUCACCCUUGAAAAUUCAAUUUUAAUAUUAAUUAUUAUGUUUUUUAAUUUUUAUUUUCUUAUUCGUCAAGACUGCACUUAAUCCAAAGAAUAAAAAAAUGGACGAAUUGACUGAAAAAUUUUAUUGAAAAAAGACGAAAAAAUGUGAAAUUCGAAGAGCUUAACCAAAAUGCAAAUUCGAUCGGAUACAUUCCACUGAGACUAUUGAUUUUGUUUUGUUUUUGUUGAAUUAAUUUUUGUCAAAAAUUUUCCACCGAUCGGGUUCAAUCGGAAUAGAGAAAUUAUUAUCGACUGAUUGGUGAUUGAAAAAGACAUUAUCUUUAUGAUUUAGAGGAGAACAUUAAUGUGCAUACGAUGAGAAAUUCUGUCGCAUGGAUAGUGACGAAGUUUUCGUGACGUAGGCAGACGAAUCGGUGAAGUGCAGAGGCACUUGAUGGAUGCAACACAAUUUAAUGAGAGAAUUUUCUAAUUAAAAAAAAAUGAAUAAGCGUAAUUUUGUCGCCGUACUAUUUGUGUCUAUAGCUGUACAAUAAAUACAAAACGUGCGACAAAUUAUAGGAAAAAAAAUGAUACAAUGAUGAAAUCAUUAAUGAGUGCACAUAUGUUAAUAAUGUUUAAGUCAAGAGAAUUCGUUUCUUUCUUUUUUUUUGAGGGGGAUAAUACAGUUAAUGUCUUAGGCCUAAGUAAAAUUCAAUUACGAAAUCUGAUGUGCUCAAAUUCCACAAAUGAGGGAAGUCUUUAAGGGGAAAAUAAAUGGUUGAAUGGACAGCAGUUGGAGGGAAAAAUGGGUAUAGGAAAAAAGUAAAUGAAGUAAGAAAAAAAAAAUAGUGUGAAUUCUACGGGCUUUGAAAAUUGUAUAGGUCCAUCACGCGCGUAAAUUAACAGACUAUAUUUUUAACUCUUUAAAAAUAAUAUUUUGAACUGUGUACAUAAAUAUAUAAAUUAUAUAUUAUAUUCGUACAGCUAAUAAUUAACAAUAUUUCCAUGUUUAGAUUUUGUAAACGAAGAGAAAACAAAAUAAUGGGGAUUAAAUAGCACUAUAUAUUGGAGACCGUUUCGUGUACGACAUCAGGACAGAUCGUAUUGAUUGAGAGGUAUAUUGGAAUAAAUAUGAUUAUGUCAUAUUGUAAUGCAUAUCACACUCUUCAUAGCAAAUAUGCUUUUUUCUUAUUUUGUUGAAAUGGAAUUUGGUUAGUUUGAGACGUGUUCUGGUGUCGUUACAAUUGUUUGGCAAGCAGAAUGGUGGAAACUGUUGGAUCUUCCCCGUUCUUUCAGAAUUUUUUUUUUCAACUGUGCAAUAUCAGCUCGAGACUUUGAGAAAUGGAAGAAUUAUCGUUGUGAAGUGAUGGAGAAUACAGAAUUAUUUCCUGCAAUUUUCUGCAGUUUAUCCGGCAAAAAUCUCGGGAAUUAAUCACGUUUUCAUAAUAUAUUCGUUGAUAAAAUCUAUCUGAGCUUCUGUCUUUGACAAAUGGUGCAGAAUAAUGGAUAAAUGUGUGCAUUCUACACUAAAGACUUGUUCUCCAUUAGUUCAUUACUAAUUACCAUGGACUUUUAAUUAGUUUUCCAUCGAUUUUUCCACGCGUGCCUUCCACUGUUCUGCUUACACCAGUACAAGAAAAUUAAAUCACCCUAAAAGUUAUUCAUGAUCGCAACAAAUUCAGGUCUUAAACUCAGAGAUGAAAGAGAAGAGAAAUUGAUGUUUUAUUCGAUUUGAGAGAAAAACGCCAUUAUUCAUUAACGAGCAAGUACAAAUUAUUAAGAAAAAAAUUGAGCAGCUACAUCUACGUUACAUCCCAUAGUGUUGAGCGAUUAAAUAUGAAAUUUAUUGAAUUUUUUCGUUCGGAUAAAAAUGGGAGAUGAUUUUUUUCAACAUAUCCACUGAUUCACGAAGUAUACCAUACAAAAAUUAUACGAUUUAAUGAUAAGUCUCCGCUGAGAUGGAGUUGGUGGAAAAUUUGUGUCAAACGAUCAAGAAUUUUCUUUUCUCUUUACAUUUAUAUAAAUUUUAAGUGUGAAAAUAGAGUAUUCGUAAUGAGUGGGUUAAUGAAAUUGGAUUUGAAGGCUCUUGGAACAAAUACCAAAAUUAAUUUUCGGUCUUGGAUGGGGAAUUUUAAAAUGGAACGAGAGAAUUUGGCUAGUCAUGUUUGCAACCUUCCACAACUGCUGUGAUAAAGGAAGGGAAGAUAUAAAAGAGAGCAUUAAUCAUUGAGUCCACGUUAUACUCCCACUCAUUACAAGAAAAAUACGAAAAAAAAUGAGGAUAAAAUUGGUUAUGAUAUUGGAAAAUUCUGUGAUGUUUUUCAUUUGGUAUACUAGAGAAAACUGGUGAUGUUAGAUAAAAAAAAGUAUGUAUACGCAGUUCUGUGAAUGUUUAAUGUUUGUGAAAAAAAAAUCACAAUGAACGGGAUCUCUCUAUUGAAGUGAUUUAAUCCAGACAUCAGGAGAAAAAAAUUAUUAUCAACUGAUCGAGUCAAUUGCGAAACGAAUUAGUUAAAUGUUUCUAAAAAUUAUAUAUGAGUUGUAAUGAAUAGAAAAAAUUAGUCCUAAAAUUGACACUAUCGUCCGCUCAAAAUUAACAAAAAGAACAUUUCACGAUGCCAAAGUAUGUAGUAGACUUGAAUUAUUAGUAAUUGAAUACCAAAUUUUUUAUUUUCUCGAUCAGUUGGCUCGAUGAGUGUUUCGAUUAAUUUGUUCAAAUUUAAUAACAAAUUCCAUUCUAAUGUGCCAACACAAUCGAAAUUUAAGGGUUGAGUAGAUUUUUUUGCGAUCUACUCGAAACAAGUGUGAAAAUUUUAAAUGUAGCUGAAUAACUGCGUCAUGUCUUCUGUAGAUGAGAACAAUUAUCGAUGUAGCGAAUGAUUAAUGGAAAAUUAUCGCAAUUUGAAUGGGGAAGAAACAUUGAUAUGAAAUUUGUCUCGUGUAUGCUAUAAGAAAAACUAAAAGGGGGAUAAAAAAACAAAAAAAAUAUUUUGAACUAUCUAUUUUUAUUUGCACUCUAUAUCACAUAUUGUACAUAUGAAUAGGGCAUAUAUCAGUAGGGCUAAAGAUUGAAAAACAGUUAUUAUAGGCCGGGUACGCGUUGUCGUUGAUGCCAGUAUUUGAUUCAUUUGGAUAAUCAAUCCAUCAUCGACGAUUACUGUAGUAAGAGAUGUGCCCGUUGUGUUGAGAAUGGCAUGCAUUCAUUAACUGUAUGAGACUUAUUAUUUUUCUCUUUGAAAUGUUGACUUUGAGAUUUCUUCUGGAGAAAAUUGACCGGAAAUCAGGGAUUAUUUUGUCACGAGUUUGAUGGAAAAUGUAUUAUCCAAUUUUGUUAAUGGUUUCUCUUGAAUCUAUGAUAGUUAUUCUGAAUGAGCAAAGAUUAGGUCGGCAAUUCCACUUCCGGCAAUUUUCCUUCCACAAUCCGUAGGUUUCCCUAAUUGGUUAAAAUUAAAUGACCACUAUUUUUCUUCAUGAAUUAAAGAGACUAUUCAAGGGUAAAUGGAUGUAAUUUUAUUUUGCACAUGUAGCUCAAUUUGAGAAAUAUGUUUUCUUCUUCCUUAGCGCUGUGAGGAAAUGCUUUGAUAACGCGAAUUUACUUUCGAAAAGGCUGAUUUUUAUAACUUUUAGACAUCAGUUUAAUUAAGGGAAGAUUGAUUAACGUUUAGCAAAAAUAUAACUUGUUUCCAUUUUUCGUUUGAUUUUUUUCUUUCAAUUUCUAAAUUAUUGUUUUGUCUUGUUAAGUUAGAAAACAAAAGGUCGAUAGAUCAGACUGGCCUCAUUUGGUUAAAAAAUUUUAUUUUGUUGUUUCAUGUGAUAUUGUUUUACCAAAGAAACAAUUUGUGAAAUUAAUUUUUCGGUUAUUGGAUUAUUUAAAUUCAAAAUUGAUCUUUCCACUGACGUGAGAAUUUAAAAAGCUUUUAAAAUUGACUUUUAGCAUUAGAUUGAACUAUAAAAAGCAUUUUUUUAAUUAAUGCACUUAGAACAAAAAAAAUGAGAAACGGAACAAGAAAAAUAAAAAAAAUUCUUCAAGUCGAGGAAAUGAAAGAUCUAGGCAUCGCAAUGUGCGAAGAAAAUAGAAGAGAAUGAUAUGAAAUUGUCGAACAUAAAGGAGAAAGACUACUUAGAUUAUUUUUAUUAUGUCUUUAAAAAGACCUUAAAUAUAAUAUUUAUAUAUUGUGCCAUAAUUACUAAUAAUGAAUCUUAAAUAUAAAUUGAUUGUUACAAAAAGAAACGAAAAAUACGAGACAAAAUUCAUGAAUUUAUCGGAUGGGAAAAUUGCAAAGAAAUGUAGAUUAUCACAAUGACUAAUCGUUUCUGCGAAAUAGCAGAUGAGAAUUCAAAAUAUCCAGUCGUAAAGAAAAAUUAUUGAAACAAAUGGACCAAAGUUCUUAAUGCUUACGGAAUGACAACGCGUAACUGAUGAAAAUUGGUGUUUCGAUUUUUUAUUUCAUGAUUGUGGCACAUUCACGGAUACACAAAUGUAUAAACGUCGACUGAUUCGAUCAUGCUGGCCAUAUAAUUAUGAUUAAGUGAAUGUCAUUAUGUGCAAUGCAGAGAAAAUUGACAACACCAUUUAUUUAAUUAUUUCGUCUCUAUUUCGUUCUGAAUUAAUUAAUGAGUUUUCCGAGGUGUUGAAUGAUAAUAUCAUCUGACACGCCUUUCUCAACAGGACAGAUAUCCACAUAGUUAAUCAAUCUGGAAUUAUGAUGUAUUAGUUGACGUUUGUAUUUUUCAAACAAUAUCUAUCCUUCAUUAAUCGCAAUCAAUAGUUUUCUUACUGAGUAUACUCGUGAUACACUCGUUUACAAUUUAUUCACGAGUGAAUUAUAACUAUACUCUUAUAAUUAAUAGUUCAAUCCAUGUGAGUUAGUUUAUCACUAAUGUACGAUAUCAUCAGUAAUAACUUUUUUUUCUCAUUUUAUUGAAACGAAUUGAGUUGAUUAUUUGUGUACAUACAUAUACAUAUCUAUACAUAAUUAUUAGUCAUAUUUCUUAAGGUAACUCCACUGGUUUAUUAUUAUUAUCAUCAUUAUACUUUUUUUUCUCUACUAUUUGCGUCCGUUCUCAACGUGAUUGUUGAAAUAUGUUUAUGAGAACUUGACACAACAGCUUAUUACGAUUGAAUACUUCAAUAUACUAUUAUAUUAUUACAUUAUUAAUUAUUCAUUAUUGAUGUUUAUGUUUGUUUUCUAAAUUUAUUUACCGUAAGACUCACGUAAAGAAGAAGGUGAGUGAAAUGAGGGAGAAACAAUUCAUUGAUUUUUUUCUGUCACAUUUUUAUUUGUUCUUAAUUAAAACAUUAGUGAAGGAAAUAAAUAAACGCAUGUAAUCUUCAUUAUGGGGUCGAUUCUGUUCUCCGAGCAAGCAAAAUAAAUUUCAUUGUGAAAGCCAGAAAUGUUGUUGAUAAAAACGACAGAACGGAUUUCAUAUUUUUCUUUCAUCUCAUCUUCGCUUGUCUUUAUUAUAGUUAUUAUUGUUAUAUAAAUCAAUGCACAUUGGAUGAAAGAAUAGUGUGCAAAUGACGGUUAAAACGUCCACAUGUUCUCUCCGUGAUACUCAAUACUGUCGAAAAAAAAACGAUUGGCUAAAGACAGUUCGUAAAAUUUCCACUGAUACCAUCCUCUUCUGCUUAUAAUAAUCAUAACUGCGUAAAUGAGAGAAUUGAAUUUUUACUGCUUCACAGUAAUAAAUAUCAUUAUUAAAACGAAGUGAUUGAGUGAUUCGUGCACAUGUGUGGGCCGGAUUUAAUUGUAAUUAAAUAAAGAAAAAAAAAGAAUUAAAAGUAACAAAGUGCAACACGCUGCCUUGCUGAACAGUACAAGUACAAAAUGAUUACAAAUACAUUAAAAAAAUGAAAAAAAAAAAAUACAAGUCUUCGACUAAAUGGGAGAAAUCAUUUCUGGUAGAAAAGUAAGAUUUUUCGAGAAAAAGGAAAAA